CCUUUCAUCCGCUCUUCCGCUCCUUCAUUCCUCGCGCAGGGAAAACGGAACAGCAGCUACGAACAACACCUUUUUCUUCCGGAUAACGGCAAGGGAAUCGUUUACUCGCCAUGAAGAGGGAUAUAAAUUCCCCAUGUGCUAUUAACAACAGAGGCAAAGUAACUGAGCACUUCCACGUAGAGAACAACCUGCAAUCGGCUUCAAACAUCUAAUAACCUUCCAGCUUGUUCACAGCCCUUCAGCAGUCUAUCACUCUGUACUCCGUCUGUCUUUUUACCUUCUUACGCCAUUAAUCAAUAAGUUCGUGACGGUUUAUACAACGCGUCUUGAAAUUCAUGAUGUCUUUGAAAUCCUGUUUGUCGCGAUCCGAAUCGUCCGGAUUAUUCAAGCAAUCAAGGACAGUUAUUAUGAGCAACGAUACUUUCGAAUUGCAAUUCGGGGAAGAAGGGCCUACGCCGAUUAUCCUCGAUACUCAACAGAAAGACGUCAACUAUCGUGACAUUGCCAACUGUUCCGUUCCUGUCUUUUUCAACCCGACCGAUACACCAGAUGUCGUAUGUUAUGGAAUCGCCUACCCUCAGCCGAAUACCGGCCAUUGCAGCCGACAAACCUAUAACCUCUGGCAUUUCGUCACCUACAAGAAAAAUGUACAAAACGGCCAGUGGCGUAAUCAGCAGUGGCAGCCAAUUGCACGGACAGAAGGCGAGUAUACCACUAUGACCGUUUGGCCAACACGAAUGAUAGUGAAAUCCAUAGGGCUUUCAACGCCCGAGCAGGCGGUAUCUGAAGAGAUCCUAGUAUGUGAGGUCUAUCCUCUCAGCAAUCUCAGGACCACUCACGCUUCGGUUGACAAUCGCGAGCCAUGGGUAGAAGGUGCAUCAUUUACGGCUUUGUAUACGGCCAUUUCAUCAGUAGGUACCGGCCAGCACCAAUCAUCUCCUCUUACUCCCGAAAGAAUUGGAUCUUCAUUAGUGUCUUCACGCAAGACCCUCACGCAGCCUUCUGCAUCGGUUGAUGGUCGGAGGCCGAGUACAGGCCACAGACGUAGUAGGCCAUCAGGCUUCCCAACGCUACCAAGAAGGAUGCAUCCGCUCCUCAACGCGGUUAAUGACUACAUCACUUGCAAAGGCGCAGAAUAUAGGUCAUUUGAACAGGGCAUGUCUUCAGCGAAUAUCGCAGCCGGCAUGUCUUCAUUCGACCUCAACGGCACGAAUUCGCAUGCGAUCCACAUACGCGACAAUGGGUCACGCGGUCUUUCUGGGAUGCCUGAUGGCUUGCAAGAGCGCGUGAUUUCUUGGGCCAGACACGUGGAACGACAUGGUGCCGUGAAUGAGCCAAAGGGCAUGCCCCAAGAGAGAGAGUCUGGUCAGACUAGCACAAUUGCUUCAAGAGGGGUUGAGACCCCCGAGCGUCAAGGACAAGACUUACCUCUGACCCAAGGAAUCUCUCAGCUUCAUCGAUCAGCAACCCUACCGUCCAGCUGGGCCGCAUGGCGGUCCGAUAUUUUGACAGAAGAAUGGGUCGAGGCCGCUGGAGGUGAACAAAUGCUCUCUCAGUUAAAUGCUCGCUUGGGCGACGUGUCUUUCAGUAAUGUUCAAGACUUGCUUGGGGAGGCUAGCAAUAGUUCUCCAAAUACGAUCCUCUCACACUCAGCUGUUCAGUCCUGGACCCCUUUCCCCGACUUUUCCCCCUGGAAACCCAUCUCACAGAAUAGCUAUAACUUUUCGUACCGUCUGUGCGCCAAUGAAGGGCUUUGGGAAUUCCAUGGAGAUAUCCCUAUUGAUAUCACAUUGGAAACAGUGUUCAAGCUGAUGGUACAAGAGUGGUUAAAAUGUUCCAUCGACCCUGUCGAUUCACCAGCUUCCGUCGGCAGCGGACGCAAGCUGGCAACGGCGGUGAGAUUUACAAGAGGAUUGCCGAUGGCAAUGAAAAAGGUACUUUUGCGGGAUGUGCUGAAGGAUUACCUAUGGAAGCAUAUAGAAGAUGCGGCUGCCCAGAAAGACUGUCCCAUUUGCCAAGAGAAGUAUCAAAGCUUCACUUGUGUAACUAUAACGCCUUGCCAACAUAUGUUUCACAAGGCUUGUCUUGACCAAUGGACCAUGGAAGAAUCGACUUGUCCCAUGUGUCGUCGUGAUUGUGCGGUAAUGAGAUUCCUUCAGUGUCUUGAAGAGUUACAACAUUUGACAGGCGGAGUGGAAGAAUGGCACAGCCAUGUUUUGUCAGCUUAAUGUACGUACUCAAACCGGAUAUCGCAGUAAAAUAAAGCAUAUGAUUGU